AUGGUAUAUGAGUACGUACAGGAGUGCAAUUCAGAAGCAUCACGUAUCCCUUCGUUCCGUGAAGAAUGGAACCAACAGAACGAAGAUUCAGAGGGGGAUAUACAAAUAUCGAUAAUCGACAAUGUCGUCUUUGGAGAUGCGUUGCAGAAAUCCCGGGAACUAAUAAAACCUAAACAAAACAGCAAACGGGCAAGAUUAAGAGCUUUGGCUGGUGAUAGGCGGAAUGAAGAUAAACUUUCUCCAAACAUAGAUAUUAAGACGAAAGCGGGCAACGACGACAAUGAUAUUGCAGAAGCGCCUGAUGAAAGCAUCAUUAUAGAACGUUUGCCAGAAGAAAUAAUACCCAACAGUUACACACCAUGCGUUGUUCUCGACGUCAAUGAAAACGGCUCUUGUCAUAAAGUUACAAAAUAUCAACGCCCACUCAUUCAAUUGAUUGGGACCUGGGAAAUUGACAAUCUAGCCUUUGAGAAAGCAAACGCUCUCCAUACACUUGGCGCAUGUUCUUCACACUAUUCGAAAACACGACAAGUUCCGUGCACCGGUCUUAAAUCCCGUCCUGUUCUCAAUACGAAAGGUCUUCCUGAAAACAUUCCUGUUCAGAAGGAUGACCACAGUUUAUUUGUUCACAAUGCUAUGUUAUACAAGGCGGUGACAUUUCAUAGGAAAAUUGGUAGUGGAAAUAAAAGUGAUAUUACAUGCAAGGACAAUCACAGCGGCGACACACUUAUGAUUUUCAGUAGAUGGAUUGCAUAUAUUUGA